CACACCGCCGCCGCUACGUCACUUCCGUCGUCCACUGACAUCAUCAACAGAGGCGUGCUCUUUCAACAAACUUUAUUUAUACUAACACGCGGCAAGUACAGCCACUUCCGGUGAGGCUGAGUUCAGGUGGAAGCAGCAGCAGCAACAACAUCAUGUUUUAUCACAUUUCACUGGAGCAUGAGAUUCUGUUGCAUCCACGGUACUUUGGGCCCAAUUUGCUAAAUACUGUCAAGCAAAAAUUGUUCACUGAAGUAGAGGGAACAUGUACUGGCAAGUAUGGUUUUGUAAUUGCAGUCACCACAAUUGAUAAUAUUGGUGCAGGUGUGAUCCAGCCAGGCAGAGGCUUUGUCUUGUAUCCAGUCAAGUAUAAGGCUAUUGUCUUCCGCCCCUUUAAGGGUGAAGUGGUGGAUGCUGUAGUGACGCAGGUCAACAAGGUUGGGCUAUUCACAGAGAUUGGGCCAAUGGCCUGCUUCAUUUCCAGACAUUCAAUUCCAUCUGAAAUGGAGUUUGACCCAAACUCUAACCCUCCUUGUUACAAGACAGUAGACGAGGAUGUUGUUAUACAACAGGACGAUGAGAUAAGACUUAAAAUUGUGGGAACUAGAGUGGAUAAAAAUGACAUUUUUGCAAUAGGUUCUCUCAUGGAUGACUACCUUGGUCUUGUCAGUUAAUAUGGGCGUUUGCCUGCCAAUCAUGGAUCCUGACUUUGUUUUGGAGAGCUGUUCCAAUCCUAGUAGCCGCCCCAUGUCUGAUUUGUACAUUACGUGUAUUUUUCUUUUUUUAAGUAAAUUAUGAAAACAC